AGAAGUUAAAAUAAUAAUUUGACCUUCAUUUGAACUAAAAGUUUGAAUUACAUUAAAAACAUUGUUAUAAUUUAAGUUUAAAAUUUAAAUUAAGUCAAUUUCUAGAUAUAAAUCAUGACAAGUUUAGAAAAUCCAAGUCUUCAACAAUUAGUUAAGGAUGCUAGAGAAUUAUUUGUGAAAGAAUUUAAUGCGCAACCCACAGUGGCAGCAUUUGCGCCUGGUAGGGUGAAUUUAAUUGGUGAGCAUACAGAUUAUAAUGAUGGUUUUGUUUUACCAAUGGCUUUACCUUUGGUAACAGUAGUUGUCGGACGACCAGUUGAUGGUAACAUAGCAUCAGUAACUACCACCGACCCCACCGUUGAUGAACCAAGAAUAGCACAGUUUUCUGUCACACAAGAAAAUUUAAAACCUGAGCUACCAAAAUGGGCAAACUAUAUAAAAGGGGUGGUAGCACUAUAUCCAACACAAGUUCAAGGCUUUGAAGCUGCAUAUACAUCUAGCGUACCGGUAGGUGGUGGGUUAUCUAGUAGUGCUGCUAUGGAAGUAGCUACUUAUACAUUUUUAGAAGCUUUAACUAAUAAACCAAAUAGUUCCUCCACAGAAAAAGCGUUAAUUUGUCAGAAAGCAGAACAUGAAUUUGCCGGUAUGCCUUGUGGUAUUAUGGACCAAUUUAUUUCGGUGAUGGGCAAAGAAGGACACGCAUUAUUAAUAGAUUGCAUGGAUAACACUUCCAAGGACAUUCCCUUAAAUGAUCCAAACCUUGUUAUCCUAAUUACAAAUAGUAAUGUUAAACAUGAAUUAUCUGGCAGUGAAUAUCCAACAAGAAAAAAGCAAUGUGCAGAUGCCGCAAAAUUAUUAAAGAAAAAAUCAUUACGUUUCGCCACUCUAGAUGAUAUUCAAAAAAAUUUAAAAGCUGAUCCUGAUAUUAUCAAGCGAGCAAGGCAUGUUAUCUCUGAAAUUAAACGCACACAAGAUGCUGCCCAAGUAUUAAGAUGCAAAGAUUACAGAAAAUUUGGAAAAUUAAUGAUUGAAAGUCAUAAUUCUUUACGUGAUGACUACGAAGUUUCAACACCUGCAUUGGAUAAAUUGGUAGAAAUCGCCUGUGAAAUACCCGGUGUAUACGGUUCCAGAAUGACCGGUGGAGGUUUUGGUGGAUGUACAGUAACUUUGGUAACCAAAGAUGAUGUCUGUAAGGUAAUAGAAAAUGUCAACAGUAAAUAUGACAAAAAGGCAUCCUUUUAUAUUUGCGUUCCAAGCAAUGGGGCAAGAUGGAUAGGAUGUUUUUAACAAUUUAAAAAAAAAUGUAAAACUAGAAAGAAAUUGUAAAUAUCUUUUAAAAAUAAAUUUUAUCAUCUUUAUUAUUAUUGCAGUUACAGUCCUGUACUCUUUACACUCAUAGAGGCAAAGAAAAUUGAAUAUACUUCAAGUUUUUGAGUAUAUAUAGUGACAUAUGGUUUAUAGAUGUGUUUCAGGGCAAUAUAUUUCCUUUUUUUUUUAAUUUAAAAUUUAUUUCCUAGUCCAUUGUAUGCAGGCAAAUAAAAGAUGGAUUUGUUAAAUUAAAAUAUCAUU